UCACUACAAGCACAUGUUUCCCAGCAUGCACUUAGAGCUCAAAAUGUCGUUCGCCAUGUUGUAAAACAUUCCAUUUGGGUCAACCUUUAUCCAACCCAAUCGAGGUUGACACCGAUUCAAAGGAUGCCUAUUAUAUGCCGGUACCAACUAUGAGUGCUGGUUCAUGGGAAGAAAGCCAGUCGAUUAUGUCGAGUGUGCGUGAAAUGUCUGGAACAAGGCAAAGUCAAGGGACGCGAUCCCAAGACGAUGCAAUGGUAGGCUACUUUUUUCAAAGGCCACAGACGGAUGCUCAGAUGAAUGCAUUUCCUAGCAAACGCUGGGCAGUCGGAGAUGACAGCGUCAUUGAGCAGGGGCGGACUAUUACCGUUCAGGAGCUCGAAAGAGAUUUUCACGGAUUGUCAAUGCAAGGGCCUUCGCGCGAGGACAGAUGUUUAACAGGGAAGUUCAAAAUAUUUUUAAAAAAUGACCCAGGAAGUUUAUCCUGGUAUGAGUUUCCUCAUCAGAAUUUGGCAAAAGAACUCAUGUUCUCACUAGGCAGUCUUCAGCGUUUGAAGGUGAAGCGGUGCAAAAAUCGCAGUGGAGCAAACCUUCCAGUGUCUCUGUACAAGAAAGGAGCUGUAAAGAACAGAAGAUUGCAGGAGGCGGUUAUGGUCUUGUUUGAAGAUUAUGCUUUUACCCUUAUGAAUCCAUCAAAGAAAUUAUGGAAUCUUGAAGAUCCUAGCAAAGUGGGAGAAGGGGCAGGCAAACCUGGAAUAUUUGCACCACAUCCCUGGACAACAAGAGAUGACACAUGGAGUGGGCCAGCAGGAAUGUCUCAAACAAGUGCCCUUGGGGUAAACAUGGUGGAAUAUGUGCUGGGUGGCUCACCCACCAACAAAGGGAUGGAUGGCAGCAUGAACCGAAUCAAAGGAACAUAUUACUGUGGCUAUGGGCAGGGUGGACCACAAGAAGUAUCUGUAGGUCUAGAGGAGAAAAAAAGCAAAACACCAUCUCCCUUUGAAGAGGAGCGAUUGGAAGACAAAGAUGCUUUGCAGACAAAUGGUAUCAUGCAGAACGGGCUGGAGGAUACAGGGUUCCGAUCAGUCCCAAUGAGGCAGCACCCAAAAUUCACCUCAAAUGAUGAAAUAAAGAUAGUUGGUGGGAUGCGGCAGGAGAACGACUUUCUGGAGUCUCAGCCUUUGGGUCCACAAGGAUUUCCAUUGGAUGCCAGUCAGUUUGGGACCAUGGGUAUUGAUACUUUGCCAUUUGACUACACCAGUCAGUUGGUCCCUUCUAUUGACAGUCCUAACUUCAACAUUGACUACACACAGAUGAUGCAGCGACAACAGCAACAGUUGGCAAUGCUCCCACAACAACCAUUUGCACUUACUUCACAGCAACAACAACUGGAUAUGGAUGGACUCCUGAAGCAAGGGCUGGCCCACGCUGCCCUAACACCAGCCCCGUAUCUUAUCAGCGCUCAGGACCCCUAUGCAGUGGGCAUCCCGAUUGCAGGUCCUGCAGUCAUCCACCCAUCACAAUACUAUGGGCUACAGACUCCAUGGGGAAUCUAUCCCGCUAAUCUCAUCCAGCAGCCAGGAACACAGCAGCAGGGUCCACAAACCAUAGGAAGCCAGCAGCAGCCACAGAUGAUGAGAAGUCAGGGUGGUCGACCUUUGACCCCUUCCCAACAGGGUGAUGGCAUGGGUACACCAAACCCUCCACAGGUGCCUCCCCAGCAAUUGCAACCAGCCAAUGCUGGGUACCAGCUUUUGGCUCCAGCUUACUAUGAUCAAAAUGGUCAGCUGGUCAUGGGUAAUCCACGUGGUAUUGGCACACCAGUUCGCCUUGUGUCGCCUGCUCCGGUUCUAGUCUCCACUGGUGCAACCAACCAGCAAGGAGGAGGGAGUGGGAUGGGACAGAACCCUCUGCGACUGCUGACCACACAAGGCCAGCAAGUGGGCACCCCACCUGUUGUGCUGUCCAGCGCAAACAAUGUUUCCUCCAACAACUCAGCUAUGGGUUUUUCUCCAAACAGCAGCCUGGGGUACACUCAAGUGACCACCAGCCUUUUCACACCCAUCACCACUAAUCUUAGCAUUAAUCCCCAGCAGCAGAAUGGCUACAGCAGCACUGGUCUGGGUGCCCUUGGUUCCAGCACCCCAGGACCCAUUGGUCAGCGGAGAGAAUCAUUUGAUGUCAAGCGUUCCCAGCUGUCUACAAUGGGUGGCUAUUAUGGUGGUCCUCUUGGGAACAUGGCGCCAUCACCUGGCGGGCCUGGAAGCAUGCUGCAAGCUGGUCAAUCCAUGACGCCACCUCCAUCUCUUUCUGGGUCCUCCUCAAAUUUGUCCAUUAAUCUUGGGGGAAAUGGACGGCCGUACUCUGCUGCACCUGGAGCCGAAGCAAAAUACCGUGCUGGCCUGAUCUCCCCUGCCAAUGGAUUCUUUGGAAACACAUUCUUUCCCACCAGAAAUAUGCCCCCACGAAGUGCAAGCAUGUCAAAAGAGGUGACUGGGCGAAGUCGACUGUUAGAAGACUUCCGGAAUAACCGAAUUCCUAACCUUCAGCUGAAAGACUUGUACAACCAUGUUGUGGAAUUUUCUCAAGACCAGCAUGGCUCACGGUUUAUCCAGCAGAAACUGGAAAGGGCCACACCUCAGGAGAAAGUAAUGGUUUUCAAUGAGAUUCUCAGUGCUGCCUACAGCCUCAUGACUGAUGUUUUUGGGAACUAUGUCAUUCAGAAAUUUUUUGAGUUUGGUUCUCCUGACCAGAAACAGACACUGGCCCAGCGAGUGAGGGGUCACGUAUUGCCCCUAGCAUUACAGAUGUAUGGCUGUAGGGUCAUUCAGAAGGCUUUGGAGUCCAUACCUGCUGACAUGCAGGUAGAGAUAGUCAAGGAGCUAGAUGGACAUGUACUCAAAUGUGUAAAAGAUCAGAAUGGAAACCAUGUUGUCCAGAAGUGUAUUGAGUGUGUGGAGCCAAAAUAUCUGCAGUUCAUCAUAGAUGCCUUUAAAGGACAGGUGUUCUCUUUGUCGACACAUCCGUACGGCUGUCGUGUGAUCCAGAGAAUUCUGGAACACUGCACACCAGAACAAACUGCUGGAGUUUUGGCUGAACUUCAUGAAAACACAGAAAGGCUUGUACAGGACCAGUAUGGAAACUAUGUUAUCCAACAUGUGUUGGAACAUGGACGACAGGAAGAUCGAGCCAAAAUAGUGGCAUGCAUUCGUGGCAAGGUUCUUCCUCUAAGUCAGCACAAGUUUGCAAGCAAUGUGGUAGAAAAAUGUGUUUCACAUUCAUCAAGAGCAGAGAAGGCCAUGUUAAUUGAAGAAGUGUGUUCAAUGAAUGAUGGCCAUCACAGUGCACUUUACACCAUGAUGAAGGACCAGUUUGCUAACUAUGUUGUCCAAAAAAUGAUCGAUGUUGCUGAGCCUCAGCAGCGAAAAGUUCUGAUGCACAAGAUAAGACCACAUAUUGCCACACUUCGGAAGUACACCUAUGGCAAACAUAUUCUUGCCAAGCUUGAAAAAUUUUUUCUCAAAAACUCGUCAGAUCUCGGGCCCAUUGGAAUACCCCCUAAUAGUGCUUUGUCAUAGUAAAGUCAACAUGAACCUUUUUCUGUCAAUUUGAGAGGGGGACUAGCUGAAAUAGGUUAAAUUAGUAUGCUUGUUACCUUUUUCAUAGAAUCCCUCAUCUAGAAAGUGAUUUUUUUAAAGACAUGAUGGUGUAACUUUCACAGUCACAGAAGGCAUUUUGUUGAAAAGAUUUUUUUUCUUGUGCUUGCAUGUUCCACAAGCAUUUAAGAAUCUUGCAACACUAGGCACAGGCAAGUGUUGCUAUAUAUUAUGGCUUUGAGAAGAUUUUGGUGAAAACCUGUUUACACUGCUUUGUUGGGUAGUUGCAAGAGUUUAUAUUUAGCAAUGGUGCAGAAGGAAGGAAGGGUGUGAUGAUGCCAACCACAUCUGUGCCCCUUCUCUCGUUUAUGAUCUGCCUGACAUUCCCGUGCUCGUGCUGUCUGCGCAAAUGUAAGAAAGGCUUAUCUUUUGCCUUUAAAUUGUCACGAAACAAAAAAGAAAUUGGUGCAUAUGAAAUGGAUGGCACAAAUCUUGAGUUUUGUACCAGAAGUGUACAGCAGGCACCUCCCCACCCUGACACUCACCCCCAAAAGUGUUCUUAGGCUUAUCUAGUUUGUGUGCUUAUACUUGGUAUGAUCUUAGCAGUCAUUUCACUCACUCCCACAACAAUGGGCAGAUAUGCAUGCAGUGUUCAAAGCCAGCAGGUACUUAGAAGAAAAGCAUUUGUAGCAGAAGUUUUAUUGUAAUGUUAAAAAUAUGGAUUGUUUUUUUGAAACUGCAACAUAUGCGCUGGAUGCUCUCUUAAUUCUAGAUAAAUGUAAUGUUUGUUGAACAGAAGUCUAAGAAAUGGUUUUGAAUUUUUUUUUUUGGGGGGGUGGGGGUUUGGACAGUUUUUUUUUUAAAUUCAUGUGGCAAAGUUUUUAAUGGCAAAUGGUAUUUUUUGAAUUUGUGACAGCCAUAAUUUUAGCCAUGUCUCGUCGUGACUUCACUUGGUGGAAAAAGGGGGUGGGGGUGUCUGUACAAACUGGUGUCCAACUAAGAUAUAGCCUCCUCCACAGAAGAUGGAAGAUCGGCUGGAUUAUUUGACUGCUAAUUGGUUUUACAUAUCAGGUGAUAAAGUAAUUGGGGUUGGUAGUGUGUGCUGCUUUUUGUUUGAAAUUAAUGUUUUAAUUGUACUGAAGAUGUGAAACUUUUUUUAAUGCGCAUAUAUUGCCCUUGCUUUUUUUUUUUUUUUUUUUUAAGUUAGUGGGUUUCUGGGAGUACCUAUCAAAGAUACAGUCAUAGUUUGUGCACCAUUGCUGCAGAGACAUUUCUAAAUGGAAUUGUCCAUCAUGUUACAAGGUCUAAAUAUAGAUGGGUUAUAUUGUUGUAAUGACCAUGGAGGCAAUGUCUUUUCCUUCCUUCCUCGCCAUGUUUUGUUCUAUAAGAUUUGGCUAAGAUGGUGUCGGGUCUGCUUUUUCUUCAUUCCUAGUGUAUAACUGUACAAUUAAAUGCUGACUUUUCGUGCGUUGAAAUACAAGAUGAGCCCUAGAUAUGAGUCCUGCAUUGUGUCUGGACACUGUGCCUUUGUAUACAGCUUUGUAAAUGUAUCUGUGUAUUCCAAUCUUCUGACUUAAGAAUGUCAGUAGUAUAUACUAACUGUUGCUGUGCAUUGUUUUCCACAAAAAAAAGCACGAUCUAGAUGUAAGAAAUCUAUAUAUUUGUAUUAUGUCUUCUGUGGUAGAUGGGAAUUAUGAGUGUCGUCAUUUUCAACUUUACACAUAUUCUCUAAGCACUUUUCUCAUCAUAUUUUAAAGUUUGAUUUUUGUUGAAAUAUUUGUCACAUUUUAAUAAGCUGAUUAGUACAGUGUAUAUUUUUUUAUUUCUGUACUUCAUUGCUUUAGCAGAUGCAUCUGAAGCAUAGUUUGGGGUGCUGCUUUCCUUAAUUACUCAUCCAAAACAUUUUCAGCCCUCUCUUUUGAAAAGUAGCAAAAAUCUUAAUUUUUAUUACACAUUUAAAAUUUUGCAAAAAGGGCAGACUGGUAGUUAACAUGUACAUCUUAUAAAUAAAUUUUCCAAUUAUUCUAGUUGCAUCAUGAACAUGUUUUUUAUAAGCAUAGUAGUUCUAAUAUCACUUCCUUUUUUUAAUAAAAAUGCUUUUUCGGGAUAUUCUGAAAUUUUGGUCUUUCUCCUCACAAACAGCCAGAAAUAUUUUAGAAAUUGUGCCCGUUUUCUCGUAAGUGGCAAACAACUUCUUUUACUGUGCACAAUUUAAUAGCACUAGCACACAGUAGGCUUUCUGUACAUGCAAAGCAGAGAGAGGUGGGACUUUCAUUUGCAUCUGCUAUGAAGAAAAUUGUUUUCAUUGCAUGUAUUAGAACAUUAAUAAAAUCAUUGAUGGGUGUUGAAGCUUUUUGGAUUUUGGUAAGUAGAUUGCUUUUCCUGGUUUUCCAUCACUUUCUCCAAUUUUUGCCUUUAAAUUCUCUCCCAUCGCCCCUUGUCAUUAAACAUAUUUUCCACUGCCUAUGCAAAUGCUAUAGUUCAUGCCAUUCAUAUUCGUUAAUACAUUUUGGUGUAAAGUGUGCAUUCUGCUGUACUUGCACCCUUGUCUGCUGCUAUGUAAGAUAACAUUUGUACAUAGCCAAGAUGUUUGGCACCUUUCCCGCAUCCCUUAAGCGUGUGAAAGUGAAUUAGGACCAGAUAUGUGGCAUAGCGAAGGUUCUUUUCCUGUGCGGGCGGCAAUCAAUUUGACCUCAUAUUUUGUCAUUUCAGUUUUUUGUACAGAAUUGUUCUGCUUGUUAUCUUGCAGUCUGCUGUUUAACCAGAAAAGGAAAGGGGGAUCCAUGUUUGAAUGAGUACAUUUUUUUAAAACAUAGUAUUUUUAAUAUAGGGAGUAGAGUUUUUGUCAUUAGUUUACAAGCUGACUUGUUGAAGUUGUCUGCAGUUGUAAUUUCUUGUUCAUCACAGGGAACAAGAAUCUUUUAUUCAAAUAAACAUCAGCAGUUCUUGCUUGGAUAUUCUUAAAGAGUACAGUGUUCUUGACAUAAAUUAACCCUAGUAAUCUGCAUCAGACAUAAUAUUGUGAACAGGCUUCUAAUACAUAGUUAAGUCAGUCAAGGCAUUCAUCAAAUUAAGGUGUGGUACACAAGGAAGUGUUUAUUUCAUCUUGAUUUGUUGAAGAACAUUGUAGUGCAGAAAUAGCUGUAUUAAAAAAAAAGGAACCUUUGCGUGCAUAGGCCAGCGGAAAUAAGUUGGCUGGUAAAGAGAUCUGAAGGUAUCACUGAUUCCUUUUCCAAGAUUUUUCUUUCACAGCUGUAUUCCAUUUUAGCCUAGUCUUUUUAACAGGAAAUAGACAACUCAAGAAUAAAAUCUAUUCAAAAGUAAAGAAAUGGGACAUAAAGGAAAUUUUUGUGACUUGCUGCUUGUUUUGAUUAUAUAUUUGGUUUGAGCUUUCAAGUUGUGGCAUUUCUCAUUUUCCAGCAUGUUGGUCUUGCAUUUUUUAAUUUGUAGUUAAUGAUGUAUAUAGUAGAGAACAAGGAUGUAUAUUUUUUAUGGCUAUUGGAAUCAUCCCAUAUCACUCAGUCGUGCGUAUUUUGUCCAUUUUAUCUAACCAUUUAGAUGUGUAAUUUAGUACCAUUUGCCAUUGACAAUUUUUUUUUUGAGGGGGGAAACAGACUUUUUAUUGCAAACAUUGAAAUUAAAGAUAUGCUGCCACGGGUUGUAAAAACGUGGAACUGUAACUCGUGUAAAAUAUGUAACAUUACAUUUCACUUCAUUAAACUUUUUUUAAAAUUAAGUAUAUUGUUAUGUAAAAAAAACUUUUAAAUAUUGCUUUGUGAAAUAUCCACAUCUCAUUUUGGUGUUGGAAAAAGACACUGGUUUACAGCAGCAAUUUAUAUGUGUAAUGGUGGUUUUUGUUUGGUUUUUUUGUUUUUUGUUUUUUUCCAAUGAGGGUUUUGUGGAUUUUACAGAAGGUUUCCUCUCUCCCUCCCCACUCCACCAGAAUCCCACUUAUUUACAUAAAAGUUCCUCGGACUACCACUCUAUUAGCCCCAAUUAAUGUAUGUGAAAGAGAAAGUGUAUAGAGGAAAAUUUUGUCAUUUUCUCUCUCUCAAGGCUAUGCAGUUUUGUAUGUGGCUUUACCGACAUAGAAAAGUGGAUAGGUGGUUACUUUUUUAAAAAGCACAAUCUUAAAAGAAUAGGCAUGUUAGAACCUAGUCUGUACUGCCUUUUUCCUGAAAAUUGAUUUCCAUUUCUUUAUGCAUGUGUACUCAUUAAGUAUACUUUUGGUAGUGGGUUUCUCCUCGUUUUAAAUUUUCUAAUGAACAUAGUUUCCUUUCCUGGAUUGAUUAACAUUGGUAUUAAGAAAGUUUUUUCCCGUGCUUGUCUGUAGUAACUUUUUGCAUAGCUAGUUUUUUUGUGUACAUUUCUUUAGCUUUAAACUUAUUCCUAGUGCCUUUAUUUGUUUAAGAGCUGGGUUUAACUUCUCUGCCUCUUAAAACCACUGUGCUAAUGGAAAUUUGACCCAUCUGAAACAGAAAAAAAAAAAUUGGAAGAUGAGUGCUGAAAUAGGGUUUCGUUUUGGCACUUGAAUAAGAGGCAUUAGUGUCUUCAACAUAGUGAAAUAUAUUUUUAAACUUUGUUUUAAAAGUAAAUUUAAAAAUUUCCAAAAUAGAAAACAGGGUUGGUAUGUUCAGUUUAGUGAUUGCAUGUUUGAGUUUGUUGUGUUUUUUUUUUAAUUAUUAAAUAUAUCGUGUUUUAUUUUCACAUACCAUUUUUAAGCUGUAAAUUGUGCACUGCAUAAGAGUAGUGUUUGUAAAGUUUGGAGGUUAGUAAACGUGUUGUAUGCAGAUUCUAAGGAUUACAUAGAAGCAAAUUAUAUAGCAUAUUCUAAUGCCUUCUUACUAGAGAGUUUCUUGUGUACAUUGUACUAUAUUGUAAAUUGGGACAACAGUAUUUCAAAUUCCCUUCCCCCAACCCCCCCAGAAAAAUCUCGUGAUCAUCAAGUGAGAAGAGGGAAUAAGACAAGGGAGACAACCUGUAAGCAGUAGUGUAUGUUUUAAUCUUGUGAGCAUGUGAGAGAAGGUGUGUCUUUUAUUUGAAUUGUUACGUGAAAUUUAUUUCUAUUUCCUAGGGUACAAGAAGUAAAAUAGUAAUCACUCAUUUGUGCAUAAGUCAUGUCAGCUAACUUGAAUCGCUCACUGCCUGUACAGCUUAUGUAAGUACAAAGCCUUUGUGUACAGAUGCUGUUAUAGAAACAAAUUUUGAUACAGAAAUAUUAAACACAUAACUACUUGAAUUCUCUGACAUUCUGCAAAACAUUAGAUGUUUUUGGUAAAGACUGCAAUAUGUAAAUUUUGGACAAGCUGUAUAAAUUGUUUACAGUGCAUUCUUUUAUGCAGUUUGCACUGUCUGUACAGAAAUUGUAAGGUGGUCAAAAGUCAAAAUGUGUUCUCUCAGCUUAUGUCACAGAUUUUAUCAAUCAGUGGUAAUGUUAUUUACCAGAUUUUCUACUCCAUGUACAGUCACACAUGAGCAUCAUGUAAAAUUUACCAUUGAACAGGCAUUUUUGUACAAAGAUUAACAGAAGUCAGUUCUUUCAUCAUUCAAAGAGUGAAGAAGUGUUUGUAGUAUACAAUCAUGAGGUAAUUAGUGUUGGUCAUAGAUUGGUUGUAUAUGUGCUUUAAGGUCAUGCAUGUUCAAUUUGUCAUGACCAGGAUAAAUGAAUGAGAGAAAGGUUUGUGUAGGAUCCUUCCACUCUCCUUUUCAGCAUGUUCAUAGUGCAUUUAUAAAUGUGCCCAUGCAUUGUGUACAAUUCAUAUUUUAAAUCAAUAUAGUAAUGAAGAAAGAGUAGUAUUAUUGCUUUUACAAAUAAAGCAAAAAGUAAAUAUGUUUCAAAACAAACCACUUUUAUAGUGUUCAUAAAUAUUGUGAAUAUAAGACCACUUAUUUUGAACUGGCAUGUAUAAACAAACUUUUAAAGGGUUUAACAUGAUGAGCGUAAUUAAAUAAUGGCAAUUUAAAAGGUGUGUUACUUGAGAAAUGAAGUUUUAUGCAAGUAUUCAUAAAAUAUUAGUGAUAAUUCAAGCUAGCCGAGUUUUUUAAGUAAACAAAUCAGUUGUAUACCUGUUACGCUUUUUUUUAAGUUUUUCAUUUCCAGCCUUUAGAAGAUAGUAGAAAAAUUGCAAUUUGAAAAGAUUGCUAUGUGUUAUAAUAGAUAAAUUAUGUAUGUGGAGUGUGUGUUUUGGCAUAACCCUAUAGAUUCCAUAAUCCUGUCUGCAUUCCCAUGUUUCUCUUUUCUUUUUUCCUCAUUCUUGCAGUUUGUACGAAGCGUUUCAUAGACUAAAAAGUAUCAGUGGCAUUUCUUGUUCAAGUGCUGGAGCUAUCAGUAAUGUUUCAUUGGCUAUCCAUGCAUUAAAGAGGGGGCAGGGUUAAAUGGAAUGAUGAGUGUCUAAAUUGGGUAGUUUUAUUCAAUUUUUGAAUGGGAUGUCAUACUUCACAAGGUUUUUUCCCAGUGAACAAAUAGCAUGUGACUAGGAUUGUCCAUAGAUAUCAGUCACCAAGUAUUUUUGUUUUUUCUUUGGCUAAAAGUUUGUCAAAUUAGUGAAACCCUAAGGCUUAUUUACAACAUUGUGAACUUAAUAACUGGAUAUUUUUCUACAUAUGUAAGAAUAGUUAUUUUUUAAGAUGAACAGUAUGCAGCUAAAAUAGCUUGACAUUCAACAAGUUGGAUGUGUUAAGACUUACAGUCAGGUUCCACUCCUUCCACACUAGCAUCUGCUUCAACUUUCCUUUGACAACAUAGCCCCAUCAAGUAUACAUUGUUUCACAACAUAUGGCCUUUUACAACAAUUAGUGGUCAUUGCCCUUUGAACUUGUUUCUUUUGACAAGCCACCCUCAACAAGUGUUUGAAUGAAUCUUUUCUUUUCAUUAAGUGGUUCUGGCUCAGUAAAUUUGUUGACUGGCCUUUUCAGACCACUGUAUGAAGUUGGGAACAAGCAAGCAUGUUUCUAAUAUUAAUCAGUUUUAAUGUAGAGUGUUGGUUGCCAUUUUUCUAUAUAAUAAUGAUGAAGAAGCUUGCUUUUGUUGCAUUUAACUUUGCUCUCCCUAAUCCCCCUGCCAUGUGCCUGUCACUUGUGUGUGGGCAUGAAAGCUUUUUUGCUUGUAAUUAGCCCAUAAGGCUAUCUUGCCGCAGUUUCUCUUUUUCUGUGCUGUUAAUGCUACCAUUUCACCAAAUAAUGUACAUGGAAUAAGAACCUUGCUUUUUUCUGAAAGGGAAAAAUUUGUUGCCCUCAAGUUAUUUGUUCAAAUUUUUUCAUGCUGGGUGUAGAUUAAAUUUGCUCACCAGCAGCAUUUUGGGGUUUUGUUUGUUUUUGUUUUUUUUCUCUAGUUGUAUAUUAUGCUGUAAAAAUAUUAAAAAUGUGUACAUCUUUGUAUUAAAUGUUUUUCCUAGUGAAAAAAUAAAAACUGUGAAAAUAAUUUGUAAUAAUUUUAAACCUAUAAGUGCAAAUGUGACGUAGAGAUGAUUUUACGCAGUGAGACAAAAAGGGAGUGUAGAGCCAGUCCCUGGUAGUCAUCCCUGUAAAUAAAUGCCAUGUCAUAGAA